UUUUUUCUUUCUUUCUCCUUUGUUGUAGUUAUUCAUAGAAUUAUGGGGAAAACGACCUUUGCACCUAAUCCUGAAACAUCAGCGGCCAUUACCUCAGCAAGUACAGCCUCUGGAAUAUUAUUAUCUGGAUUCGACAAUAGUCAAGGAGCAGAACACUUUGCCUUGGUGACACAUGGGUUAGAUCGACAUCGUCUUCGCAUUUUCAAUGUACGAUCUGGCACUGUCAACAAUGAUUAUACUGCAGAAGAGAAAGAACGUUUUACUUGUUUAUCUUGGGGAAGUAUUCAUGACGAUGGGGAACUCGGUCAGUUGAAUAGUUCAUUACGAAAACGAAAAUCAUCGUCUACAACCAAACAAUCUUCAACAUUGACAAAAGUAGUGAUCUUGGGUACUCAAUCAGGAUCUAUUCUCAUGUAUUCUUUGGCACAUGGUGAUAUUGUCAAACGCUUGGAAAACGUACACACACAACCUGUAACGGAUUUUACCUUGAAUAAGGCUGGUACCAAAGGGUAUUCUAUUGGUGAAGACAAUUAUAUUGUGGAAUGGAAUAUUGAAGAAGGACAUGAAAUUAUGAAAUGGAAAGCUGAUGCUAAAAAUGUACGUCGUCUCAAACUCAGUCAUAGUGAAACCAAGCUUGCUACUGCCGGACAUACGAUCAGUCUUUGGGAUGUUACUGAACGAAAAGUGAUCAAGAAAUAUACUGGCCAUGCAAGUGCUGUAUUGAAUUUGGCUUUCUCUCAACAGGAUGAUGUAUUAGUAUCUAUUGCUGAAGAUGAUCGAUAUAUCAAUGUAUGGGAUGCACAGGCCAACAACAAUAAUACCAGCAACAUCACCGCUUUGACUUUGGAAGACAAUGCUACUCAUGUGCAUUUUUCAAGUGUGGAACCUUCUCUUUUGGUGGUAUCGGAAGAUGGAACUUGUGGAAUAUGGCAAAAUGCUUCUGCUACUCUUUCUGUACGUAAUGGACCUCCUCGACGAAAGAUAAUGCGUGGUGCCAUGACUCGACCUGCUGAUACUACUAUCUCAGUAUUAGCUAGUCAAGAUGAUCAAACAAAAAUUCCUAUUUUUUCUGCAAGAUUUGUGAGUGAUUAUAAUGGUCGAUCUGUUAUGAUUGCUCGUGGUUCCUCUAUUAAACCUAUGUUUGAAGUGGUGCCUUAUAUCAAUGAAGAAUCUGGUGCUAUUUUGGAGAACAUUACUCUUUCAAGACAACUUAUCACCAAUUACUUGAUUGAUGAUUCUUCGUUAGCUAUUAGAAACUUGAAAAAAACCAGCAAGUCAUAUGAUGAAUCCAAGGUCAAUGUCGUAGGUAACACGGAUUAUACCAUUCAAAAUCCAAGUAUGGCGGACAACAAUGAGACAUCUCCAGCAGAACUUACGAUCGAACAAAAACUGGAAGCAAUGGAAAUGGCUAAAGAAAACGAUGAUGAUGAUGAUACAGGAAAUAAUAAAAUCAAACUCGACAAGUCCAGGAAAACACAACAAAAACAAACUUUGCCACUUAAAGUACCAUCAGUACAAUCACUUCAAAAUGCUCUUGUACAAGCUCUUCAUUCAAAUGACAACACUUUAUUGGAAGGAUGUCUCAGUUAUAGGAAUCCCGAUAUUAUUGCCACCACAGUACGAAGAUUGCCAACUUCCUAUGUCAUACCAUUGUUAAGACGAUUGAUUGAACGAUUCCAAGGAAAACCUAGCCGAGCACAAGAUGUUUUAUGUUGGAUUCAACCAGUGUUACAAAUUCACACAGCUUAUUUGAUGACAGUGCCUGAUCUCGUGGGCAAGUUAUCCAAUUUCUACCAAGCCAUUGAUACCCGACUCAGCGUACUUCCCAAAUUGAUGGCUUUGAAUGGUCGAUUAGACAUUGUCAAUUCACAAAUUGAUUCUCGAACUCAUAAGCUUGGAUCUCUUAGUCAACAUACCAAUAGAGAUGAAAAGCCUAGCACUGUGUAUGUGGAACAAGUAUCGGAUGAUGAAGCUGAACAAAUGGAUCAAGAUGAUGACGAUGAUUCAAUGGAUGAUAUGGAACUUAGUGAAGAUUUGGAUGAUUCUGAUGAUGACGCUUUACAGAUGGAUUCCAAUAUUGAAAGCGAAGAGGAAUAAUUACAUAGAUAGAUAUUUACAUUCAUACGUUUAUUUGUUUUAUUAUUAUUAUUAUUAUUAUUUUACUGCAUUGAAUUUCUGCAUAUCCC